AGUGGCAUGUUGUGCUGUCUGGAAUGCGAAAUUUCAUGUUGUGAAACGCAAUAAUUUUUAUUAAAUUUGGUUUAUUAUGCCUACUGGCCGUGCUGUCUUGCUGUUGCGGCGUCUGUCGACGGGGGAUAGCCGGUUGAAGAAUAUCAACUUGAAUCCUAAUUGCACGAAGGAGCAAGUUCUGCCAAACCCGGUCUGUUGUCACCGAGAUUUGGGCCAGUCUAAGAGAUUGACUACAUUGACACCAAACAAUUUAAGCAAACCUCAGUUGACAAGGAGUUUAAGCGACAAUAUAAUUAAAAUGGCCACUCCAAGCAAUGAGAAGCCACCAGAUCGACCAAAACACACUAACCAGCUGAUCUCUGAAAAGUCCCCAUAUUUGCUGCAACAUGCUCACAACCCAGUGCAGUGGUACCCCUGGUGCCAAGAAGCUAUAGAUAAAGCUAAACAGGAAAACAAACUGAUUUUCUUAUCAGUUGGUUACUCUACAUGCCAUUGGUGCCAUGUAAUGGAGAAAGAAUGUUUUGAAAAUGAAGAUGUUGCUAAAAUAAUGAAUGAACAUUACAUCAACAUUAAAGUAGAUCGAGAGGAGAGGCCAGAUAUAGACAGAGUUUAUAUGCUGUUUAUCAUGGCCACAUCUGGAGGUGGUGGCUGGCCCAUGUCUGUUUUUAUCACUCCUGACUUACGUCCCGUCACAGGUGGCACCUACUUCCCGCCAGAAGACCGCUGGGGGAGACCAGGCUUCAAAACCAUUCUCCUUUCCUUAGCCAAAAAAUGGAAGGAAAACCAUGCACAGUUUGUUGAGGCCAGUGUCAACAUCUUGGAAGCCUUGCAAAAAAUAACUCUCGUUGAUCCAGAGACAUCUGCAUCAGUCCCUGGACAAGCUACUUGGGAGAAAUGUGUCCGCAGAUACAUGUCCAUCUAUGAACCUGAAUUUGGUGGAUUUGGUACAGCACCUAAAUUUCCUCAAGCUUCCAUUUUUAAUUUCCUCUUCCAUUACUAUGCCCGUGAUAAAUCUCAUCCUGAGGGGAAGAAGUGUUUGGAAAUGUGUUUGCACACUCUCACUAAGAUUGCUAUGGGAGGUAUACAUGACCAUGUCUCCAGCGGAUUUGCUCGGUACUCAGUUGACAAUGAAUGGCAUGUGCCACACUUUGAGAAAAUGUUAUAUGAUCAGGCUCAACUAACAGUUGCUUAUACCGAUGCUUUUCUCGCGAGUAAGGAUGAGUUUUAUGCAGAUGUAGUUCGCGACAUAAUAAAAUAUGUGAACAGGGACUUAAGGCACGAGUCGGGAGGAUAUUACAGUGCCGAAGAUGCUGAUUCUUACCCUACUUUCGGUGCUCCUCACAAGAAAGAAGGAGCAUUCUGUGUUUGGGAAUAUAAUGAAAUAAAAUCACUUAUUGGUGACAAAAAGAUUAAAUCUACUCCUUAUCUCGAUAUUUUCUGUGAGUACUUCCAUGUUGAAGAAGAUGGCAACAUUUCUCCUGAGAGCGACCCUCAUGAGGAGCUCACUAAUAAGAAUGUUUUAAUUAUUUACGACAGCAAAGAAGAUGUCGCUAAAAAGUUUGACUUAACUUUGGAGGAGUUUGAUAAAGUAAUCUCUGAAUGUACCGAGAUUUUGUAUCAAGCUCGUCAGAAAAGGCCGCGUCCGCAUUUGGAUAGUAAGAUGAUCUGUUCUUGGAAUGGUUUGAUGAUUGCUGGUCUCGCCCGAGCAGGACAGGGUUUGGGUGACAAGGACUAUGUGGAGGAUGCCAUCAAAACUGCAAACUUUGUCAAGGAACACUUGUAUGAUGCUUCUGCUAAAACAUUGCUGCAUUCGUGCUACAGAGGUGAUGAUGGAGCGAUUGCGCAGACAGAACAGCCAAUCAAAGGCUUCUUAGACGACUAUGCAUACAUGAUCAAAGGACUACUGGAUCUGUACGAGGCGUCUCUCGACGCCGGUUGGUUAAAAUGGGCGCGGGACUUGCAACUGAAACAGGAUGAGUUGUUCUGGGACCCAGUAAAUGGCGGUUACUACACCUGUUCCGCUGAGGAUACCACUGUUGUGUUGAGGUUGAAAGAAGACCAGGACGGCGCAGAGCCAUCCGGCAACAGCGUGGCAUGUCACAACCUACAACGCUUAGCCGCGUACGCCGACAAGAGCGCAGCUCCGGAAGGCGGCGAACGCGAACGUGAACAAGCCAAGCGACUGCUUCAAGCCUUCUCCAAACGCCUCAACGACUCCCCCACGACCCUGCCCGAAAUGAUAUCCGCUCUCAUGUUCUACAACGACUCGCCUACGCAGGUGUUAAUAGCCGGCGGACAAUCGGACCCUCGCACCAUGGAGCUGAUCCGCGUGGUGCGCUCCCGGCUCCUCCCCGGGCGGGUGCUCGCCGUGGCCGACCCCAGUGCUGAAUCUUCCGCCGGUAUGUCUGAGAUACUCUUAAGCCGUAUAAGGGCAGGCGACGUACCAACGGCGUACGUAUGCCGCCGCUACGCUUGUUCGUUGCCCGUGACAGACGUCAAACAGCUCGAGAGCUUACUUGAUGAAUCGUUGCCUGCGCCCGCUCCCGCCUCCGCCGCGAAAUAGAAUCUCCAUACGUAGCUGGGGGGAUAAAAAGGCCGCAACAAUAUUGCAAUUUGACACUUGCGCAUAUGAAAGAAAGUGUGCAAUGUUAACAAAUGUCAAUUACCAAUAUUGUUUUUGUUUUUUUAACCCCCCUGUUUGUAACAAUGUAAUGUAAAGUAUGUUCAGUGUGUUUUUUGUUGUCAUGUGGCUGAAACGGUUACUGGUUUGUUUUUUGUUUAUAUUUUUUCAUAACUGUAAUGUCGCAAAAAAUCAGAUAAAAUAGUACUCAGUUUAAUAAUAAAUGAUAAUAAUAAAGCACUUUAUUGCACACAAAUUUACAAGAUAUUACUACAAUUGUAAUACUAUCAUUAUUGUAAUACUAUAUUGUAUAAUCAUUAUUUUAUUAUUAUUAUUUGUCUUUUACUAUAAUUGUAAUGUAUUUUUUAACUGGCAACAUUGUUAACAUUACUUUUGAUUACAAUUAUAAUUUUUGGUAGUACUUUAGAGUUUAUAGAAUCUUCUCUGCUUAUCACUCUCAUACCCACACUACUAACAAUCGCGACCAAUGUUGCCAGUUAAAACGAAAAAUGUUACUAAAACGGUUUGCCCUGAGCGUAUUUAGCAUUACAUUGUAAUAAAGUCUUAACAUCUAGUCCAAUAGGAAGCUCUCAUUUUCACAGCUUCAAAGGCAUAAUGAAGUCAUAUUUUCAUUUCUUUUAAUCAUGUCAAAUAUUAUUAUUUAUUUUCAGAUUCUCACUUCAUAUUACAAAAAAUAGUUAGAUUUAGUUUUUUAUUUUUAUUUCUCAUUGCCACAUUGUUUAAAAUACCUAGUAUAUAGGAUUAUCUAUGCUUAGAAUUUUGUUAGAAGUUAUAUCUCCACUUUAUUAAUAUAUUAUGGAAAGGAAAGAGAGAAAAAAAGAGAUGGGGGAUAAAAAACAAACUGACACCUUGUCACUUGCAAAAUGUGAUGGUUUAAUCGAUUGUUAUUGCUUUUUAUCUUGACAUGACUACUACAGCCGAUUUUUUUUUCAGACUUUAUGAAUAUACAGUUUAGUACUCGAGUGAAUCUGCUUAAACAUCACGAAAAUUUUGAAAUAUAUCUAUUUGCAUUAAAUAGUAAUUGUCGUAUGUUACGAACAUCAGUCAAUAAUCUUUGAUAACCAUUAUUGUUAAUGAUAGAAAUAAAUAGCUGUAUACGUUUUUUAAGUUUCAUGUACAUUUUCAACUUCAGACACAGUAUUUUCCUUCAAAGCAGUAGCUGAUCAUUUAGUCGCCUAGUCGGCCAAAACCAUCGUCUGCACAUCUCUAGUAGUCAUGCCAUGAUGUUAUACCAAAACAUAUGUUGGUCAAAAAUUGGAAAAUUUUAGUCUGAUGUGAUGUGAUAGCGUAGCGCGGUAUUUACUGUUAAUGUAGAGGUACUAACCAGUAGCCACAAUGUUUAAUAAUAUGUAAGUUACCAUAGCAACCUAGUUAACAGAGAAUGUCAAUUGAUUAAAAAAUGUAAUGGUAAUACAUUGAGCAAACCAUUCAUAACAAUUGAUUAUUUUCUCAGUUUUUACGCAAAUCAUCACUUUAUAUUGCUUUUCAGUUUAUUACACAAAUCUUCAAAGUCAAUUUGUAUUUACUUGGAAUAUAAACUGUGAAUCCUCAAGUGGACUCAUUAGGUUAUUUGUUAACUAUCUAUGUCGUAUCCAGUGUGUGUAUCAUUUUCCCAUUUGCGAUAUCUUAGUGUCUAACGCUAAAGUGAAGAGCCUUGUGGAGCCUCAGGAGACAUCGGGCGAUAUCGCCACACAUCGCGCAUCUUACCUUGCGACUUUGCCAUAUAUUUGGAACGUUGAUGCCUCCGGGGUAAUAUGGGGGGGGUGUUGUUGUGUGUUGGUGGGGCUUUGGUUGGUUGUGGUACUACCACUUAUUAAUGUUAGGACUAAAAGCCAUUUAUUUUUCUGGUGGUACGACCAUCGUAAAAAAAUAAAUGAAUUUGGUAGUCCUACUAGCAGUCCAGUUAUAUCACCUCCACGUUCUCUGUUAGAUAGGCAUACAAUAUUUGAGAGUAGCUGAGUACCGUUAUUAAUAUAAUCAUUAGUGUGUAGAAUAUAAUAUUGUGUAUGUCAUAAAAUGACUUAAUAAUGUAUAACAUAGACCCAAAAAUUGAUCUUAUUUAUUUGAAUUCGAGCUGUUAACAAAAUUUUUAUUGAUAGUGUUGUCAUUGCUUGAAGCAAAAAUUAUUAGUCUUAUAUUUUUGUGAUAUUUUAAAUAAAAAUAUUGUUAGAA